AACGAAAGAUGUAAAAUGGACAUCAUUACCUCAUUCUAUCAUAGAAUAAAAAUGCCCACUACAAAAAGGCCAUCCUCUACGUUCAACAAUUCUAAACAAAAACAAAAAAAAACUGAUGGAGAAAUGGAUCAAUUUCCAGAUGCAUUCACUGGAAAAUCUUUAUUUAUAAAGAUGAUAAAACAAUGUGGUGUCGUUUUGAUGAAUGGCGAAAGUCCAAAUAUAAUCAAGCAAGACCAAACAAUUUUUCUCAAAGAAUUUUUGAAAGUUAUAAAACGCCAUGAAGAUUAUCCAGAAAUUGUUGACGACAUUAUCGUAGGAAUUAAAAAAUAUGCUGAAGAUGAGCAAAGGUUUGUCCGAAUGAUGCUAACGACGAACACGCUUGACGAUGAGAAUGUUGGUUCCGCACCAACAGCAGUACAAGAUAGUGGUAUACGACUUAUGUUGAAAACGCAGCCUCUACAAUCAAGUGUUGCUCAUAUGUUAGUCAAAAAACUUGAGAAUUACAAAGAAGCAAGCAGUCUUCAGUUGGGAAGAGACUCGUUCUCUAGUCAACACGAAACUAUCAAUGUUCCUCAGCUAAUUCUGAAUCAAUUACGCUGGCUAGAUGUGAUUGAUGAUGUCGAAUCGAUUGCUACUAAUUUGUUAGAUGCUGCUUCUGAUAUGUCAUAUCAAUCAGCCUGUGCUAUUGUAACAAGUUUACCAGAAAUUGUGGGAGAUGACUUGCAUAGUAAAGUUGCGCUGCGAUUAAAAGAACUUAUAGUAUCGAAUGUAGAAUUAACAAUCGCCAUAUUGGAUACGCUUUGUUGUUUAAAUUGUUCUGACACUACAAUGGAUGAUGUGAAACAGACUAUAUUUGCAUCGCUCCAUACAGUAAAAAUUGAAGAACUUCCUGUUGUAGUGAAAUAUCUUCUUCAAACGAUGAAUACAGACAACGCUGAAAGAAGUAUUUCAUGCCUUAGGAAUCAUUUAACGUUUUCUCCUAUCGCGUUAUCACAGAGUUCUCAGUCAAGUCAAUCCAACAGAAAAGAAGCGUCUGAAGAAAGUAGUAUCCGACUUACAGCUGAAGCUAUUUUGUACGCUGCACAAUAUCAGCCAUUUGUUGCAGAUAUCUGGAUUAAAAUUUUAAAAAACAUUCAAGAGGAUGAAUUCACAUCAACGGAUUUAGUGUGUUUGUUGUUACUUUGCUCAAAUUGUAAUUCUACUCAUAAAAAAUCAGCAAUGUCUCUUAUGAAGUCAAAAUGUUCAUCAGGAACUCUAUCGGAUGAUUUGAUUUUGAUGACGUUCAAGGAGUGCUCUCAUGUUUUGAUUCCCUACUUUUCUACUGUUGCUGAUUUAGCAGCACAGUUUGUAGGCUCGAAUAGCAGUAAUUUACAGCAUUUUGGGUCAGUUUUGUAUUCAACUUCAUUUUCUUAUUUGGAUAAUUAUUGUCGACAGGAAGUGAUUGGCUGCCUCAUAGAACAUGUUGGUAGUUUUUGUGUGACGGAAGCAGAUACUGCGCUUACAAUACUAAGAAAUUUGGCAGUUGACAAUCUUGCUUUGCUAAUUCCAUUUACUUUAUUCAUAAGAGGACUACUUGAUCAUAUAGAUAGAUUAACCUGCUAUCAAAUCAGACUUGUAUAUGAAGUAUUAAGUCGACUUGCUUUUGAUAAAUCCACUACCAGAGCACCUACCAUUGAAGAUGAAUUACAUAUGCUUAUUCGGAAACAACUCACCCAUACUUCUACCAAGUUUCGUUGCAUUGGCAUCAUCGGUGCCGUGAACAUGUUAUGUAUUCUGGGUAGAAUGGAAAAUUGUGAUGAGAGCGGAUAUAAAACAGCAAUUUCAAUCCUCAACUUACUAGAAGAAAACACUAUACAGGAUAAUAGAAUCAGAGCGUAUUAUCUUGAUGAACUAUCAUACAUUUUUACCAAAAAUUUUGAUUCUAGAUUAAGCAAACGAUGCUUUAAAAUUUUUCACAAAGAAAUGAAUGAAAAUUUUUUAAAUGGAAAAGAUAUGUUGAGAAAAACACACGAUCCGAACACGAAAGCUAUGUUUGCAAUUUCAGAAAACGAUGCAGACAAAAGUAUCCCAAUUUUCCAUGCAGUUCAAGCUUGUGAUUAUCGUCAAGCUUUGUUAUGCCCUCUUCUUAAAGUGUUAGAAGAAACAAAUAAGGCUGAUAUAUCUGAAUCGUCAAGUUUUGCAUUCGGCCCUGUUGUCCUCCACUCUGCUCUUGAUGUCAAGUCGUUCAAAUUGUAUGGAUUAACAGAGCAAAAGAUGAUUUUGGAUAGCUUGUUUGUUGCUCUGAAUUGGUUUCGAGAGCAAAUUAGUAUGUUUAGUAAGACAGCAUCCAGUUUUUGUCAUGCGCUAAUGAGAAUUAACAAUAUAAUUCAGCUAGAAAAGAUCCUGGAAACUCUUGUACCAGCGAUUCAUAAAUAUUCCCCACCUGUGGCAAUUCUUGAUUUCUCAUUCUCAACGCCAGCACCUCUAGAAACCUCCUCCGUUUCCACUCAAGAACAGGUGGAUAUGAGUACCUCUGCCCAAUCUGCAGAUGACACCUCAGUAUCUACCGUUAAAAAGACGAGUAAAUCUUCAAAAAAGACAGAAGUGGCAUUUCAUGUUCGAAGUCUAAAAUCACAGUACUUUCGAGAACUGGAUACAAGUGCCCUUCAACUUCUUCAAAUUGCAAUUGGUGAAGAAAUGUUUGAUUUGAAUGUUAAUAUUAAUACUGAUAGUGAAAAAGAAAAUCAGCUGUUUCCAUCCCAACUGGUUUACCUUCUUCAAGAACUAAAAAGCAAAGUUUGUUACAAGUUGCAAGAGAAAAAAAUAUCUCCUUUUUCAGCUACCCCCACUCAUGUCGGAUUUGAAAAAUUAGACCGAAUAAACACAUCUGAAUUUGGCAAAAGUGCUUGUAGAUUGCUCCCACAUUUAUGCAAUCAUCUUGAGAGCAUAAGCACUCCUCUACAAGGUGAUGAAAUUGAAGAUUUUGAGUUUGAAAAACGUAACAUUCUGAUCGAUUGCUAUGAACGACUUAUUGAGGUUAUACUGCAUAUUAUAUCAUGGAAAGGUAUCAAAGCUGACCCUAAUUUGCUGCGCUUAAUAUUAUACAGCAUUAGUCGAAGAAUUUCAACAGAUGUAAGUGAAGACUCUUCCAUGAGACAUUUGCUGAAAACAACGUUUUCCUAUUUAAAAAACUUUGAAAACACAGUGACUAAGACAUCGCUGUAUUCUGCAGCAAAUCUUACGAAACUACUUUUUGUGAUAAAAAAUUUUGAAAACGAUAAUGACAUAAAGGAAGAAUUUAAUUCAGACAUUAAUUCUUUCACUUUAACAAUGCUCAAAACGGAAUGGUCAUCCACUUCAGGACAAGCGUCACAUGCCAGUGGAAAGAGAAAUGAAAUGUUGGGGUUGAUUCUACGCUACAACCUUCAAACUUCUAAGGACGUCAUGACAACAAUUGGACAUUUUGUGGAUGAAGGCUUGUGCAAACUUGGACAAUCAGACAUGGAAGAUUUCAUAUAUCCUUGUUUUACUAAGUCUAAUGUACAUGUACUCUAUGCUUGCCUUUUUGAGAUCUUGACAGAUGAAAUUGGUAAAAUUCCUGGUAUCAAAUCAAAACAUGAUGAAUCUGAAAGCAUUGAACUUCUGCUAAAGUGGAAUGACGCUAUGAAAGUUGUUGGCGUAGUGAUCAGGCUUUUGCGCGACUUCAAACACAAGUCAAAUAUAUUGACUUCGUUGAAAUAUGGUCGCAUUCUUAUAGAGAGUUUUAUAAAAACUGGGAUGACAACAUGUGAAAAAAUGUUUCCCUUGUAUCAAGAUGAUGUCAUCAGUAUCUUAAAGCAUCUUCAAAUUACGACAAGACAACUUCAACAUCUCACAUGCCACUCCAAAGUUGUUAAAGAUGUUUCUUUCGCGAAGCAAGUACCGCCUUUGAAAAAAUGUCUCGAGACUCUACUUUUUAGAGUCAAGGGUAUGUUGGCACUCCACAAUUGUCAAGAAGCAUUUUGGCUUGGAAAUUUGAAAAAUAGAAACAUUCAAGGUGAAGAGAUUCUCUCACAGAUAUCACAACAGGACAAUUCAGAUGAUGAUUCUGCGAGUGUUGCAAAUGAAUAUCCUGAUAUGUCAUACAGUGAGAGUUACUGAUAAGGAGUAUUUAAAAAAGACUCCAACUCUAUAAUGUAAAGUACUAAAUGUGUGGUGAUGUAUUCUUGUACACAAGUUCUUAAUGAUGUUGUUUAAUUUUCAUGCUUGUUUUGUCUUUUAAAUAAAAUUACGUUUCUAAAAAGGAAACAAUA